UUCAUAAAUUUAAUUGCAAGUGUUUUUGUGAACUGUUCAAUGGAAUUGGAUUUUUUGCGACAGGCUCAGUACAAACUUCUUGAGGGUGGUGAAAAAUUUGAUGUUGUUGGCUUGAUGAACAAUACGACUGGGGAGGCUCAAAAAGUUGCCUCUGAUUUGUUGGCUCGAUUUAAAGAAAAUCCCGAUUCGUGGACUAAAGUUGAUGCUAUCCUUGAAUUGAGUGCUUUACUUGAGACAAAAUACUUUGGUUUGCAAAUUCUCGAGCAGUUGAUUAAGACUCGCUGGAAAGCCUUGCCAAGAGAGCAGUGUGAAGGCAUUAAAGGAUACAUCGUUAACAUGAUUUUAGAAAUAAGUUCUGAUGCUGAAAAAAGUGAGAGAAUGAAACUGCUUUUGCAAAAAUUGAAUUUAGUCUUAGUUCAGAUCGUCAAGCAAGAAUGGCCUCGUCUUUGGCCUUCUUUUAUUUCUGACAUUGUUGGUUCUAGCCGAAAUGGUCAAUCACUUUGUAUGAAUAACAUGACAAUUCUGCGUUUGUUAAGUGAGGAAGUCUUUGACUUCGGCACAGGUCUUACCACUGCUCGAGCUGUUCAACUUAAGCAGCAAUUCUGUGGUCAAUUUGAAGAAGUUUUUAUGCUUUGCUAUGAAAUUCUUGAAAAUUCUGAUAAUGCCCAACUUGUCUAUGCGACAUUGAGUACUUUGCAUGGCUUUUUGGACUGGAUUCCUGUUGGUUAUGUUUUUGAGAACAAUCUGAUCGAUCUCAUUUUAAAGUUUCUUCCUUUUCCUGCUUUUCGUUCUAUUUCUGUUCAGUGCCUCGUGGAGAUUUCUUCAAUUUCAACCGAAGAUAGUCCCCAGUACGGCAGUCGACUUGUUCACUUGCUCAAGUCCGUCAUGAAUAUUAUUUCGCAACAACUGCCACUUACAGUCGAUUUUGCUGAUUCUUACGCUAAAGGGCGGAGUGAAGACCAGAAAUUUAUCUCUGAUUUUGCGCAACUGAUUGGCACUUUUCUCAAAGAACAUUCUAAUCUGGUUGAGGUCUUAGAGCUUAAUCCAACACAAGAACAGCUUGAGGUCAAGCAGGCACAUGCAUUGGCUCUUAAAUAUUUGUUAAAAAUCGGUCAAGUUGAGGAUGUUGAAGUUUUUAAGAUCUGUCUUGACUAUUGGAAUUGGCUUACAAUGGAACUCUUUCGUGAAAGUCCUUUUGAGCAAUCUGAACACCCGCUUAUGGAUACACUUCGACGUUAUAAUCGAAACGAGUCUCCGCGGCGUAAGAUCUAUGCAGAAGUUCUCUCUGAUCUAAGAGUUCUGAUGAUUAGUCGAAUGGCAAAACCUGAGGAGGUCAUUAUCGUUUUGAAUGAGAACAACGAAGCAGUUCGCGAGCUAGUUAAAGAUACGGAUUCUAUGAUGCUUUAUAAAACGAUGCGUGAGACAUUGGUACUUUUGACUCAUCUUGAUUACCGAGACACGGAACUGAAAAUGACUGAAAAAUUGCAGAACCAAGUGAAUGGAACUGAAUGGUCUUGGAAAAAUUUAAACACAUUGUGUUGGGCGAUAGGUUCAAUUAGUAGUUCUAUGCACGAAGACGAUGAAAAACGCUUCCUUGUGACUGUCAUUCGAGAUCUGCUUGGUCUCUGUGAGCAAAAGCGUGGAAAAGACAACAAGGCAGUGAUAGCUUCUAACAUAAUGUACGUGGUUGGGCAAUACCCACGAUUUUUACGAUGUCAUUGGAAAUUUUUGAAAACCGUUAUAAAUAAAUUAUUCGAGUUCAUGCAUGAAUCACAUGAAGGGGUACAGGAUAUGGCCUGUGAUACAUUUAUAAAAAUUGUCAUUAAAUGUAAACUUCACUUUGUUGUUAUACAAACUGGCGAGACUCAACCAUUCAUCGAAGAAAUUUUGCAAAAUUUGAACAACAUUAUUUGCGAUCUUUCUCAACCUCAAGUGCAUGUUUUCUUUGAAGCUGUCGGGCAUAUAAUUUUCGCAGCAAGUACUCACCAAGCACAGGAACGUUUGAUCGAAAAAUUGAUGGUUCUUCCCAAUUCAAUUUGGACAGAAGCAAUUGAGGCUGCUACCAAAGAUGUUAGUAUUUUCACUGAUCCAGAGGUAUUGAAAAAUUUAACUCAUAUUUUGAAAACAAAUGUUGCUGCCUGUAAAUCAAUUGGUGCUCCUUUCUUUAGCCAACUCAAGCGCAUUUUAAAUGAUAUGUUGAGCAUUUAUCAAGUAAUUUCUGGGAAUCUAAACAAAGCUGUUAAUGAGCAAGGAGAGCAUGUAUUGAAAUGGCCUUUGAUUAAACAUAUGCGAGUUGAAGAAGCUCUCUUACCAAUUCCUCUUGUUAUUGAGAACAUUAUUAAACCUUUGUUUAGCACUGUAUUGCGUGAUUAUGAAAUGAAUGUUCCGCAAGCAAGAGAGCCUAAAGUUCUCUCUUUGCUUUCCAUUACCAUUGUAUCGUUGAAGGAGGAAGCGAAUUCACAGGUGCCAGAAAUACUUGAUGCUGUAUUUACUUGCACACUUGACAUGAUUAAUAAAGAUAUGGAGGCAUUUCCAGAACAUCGUACAAAUUUCUUUCAACUUCUGAAAGCCUUAAAUACCCACUGUUUCAACGUGUUGAUUUCAUUACCGGACAAAGUUUUGGGUCUUAUUAUUCAGGCAAUUGUUUGGGCAAUAAAGCAUACAAUGCGAAUUGAAAUUUUGCGUGAUCUUCUUGGAAAAGUUGCGUCUAUGACAGAUAGAGCACAAGCACGGAUUUUUUAUCAGAAGCAUUUUAUGACUAUUAUGGAGCAUGUUCUUGGUGUUUUAACUGAUAAUAAUCAAGUUCAAUUUGUUGGCUUAACAAAUCUUGCUGAAACUGUUUGUAUUCUUUUCCAAGCUGUUGAAAAUACAAUUGACAUUCCUCUAAAUCCAUCAAAUUCUUCACAAUCAAAUACAGAUUUUGUUUAUGAAACAAUUACUACUCUUUUUGUGAAUCACUUUAAAAAUUUGACAGAACCUCAAAUUGCUUUAACAGUGAAAGGAUUUAUCAGCUACAAUCGUAUACUUAACAAAAUGCGUGAGCACAUUCGUGACUUUCUUGUCCAAAUUCGUGAGGAAGCAGGAGAUGACACUGCAGAUCUUUUCUUGGAAGAGAAGGAAGCUGAGAUUCAACGAAUCCAGGCUGAGAAGCAAGCGAUUCCUGGAGUACGUAAUCCAAAUGAACUUGUUGAGGAAGAUAUGGCUUAA